UUUUUCUAGACGCUACGCUAGGCAAAAAUGGGUUAAACUCAACAUUAAAUAUAUCGGUACUAUGUAGAGUCGUCCCCACAAUGCAAGCAGACGUACGUGUAUGCCGAGUUGCCCGAGGAUGCCCCGGUAGGCGCACCCGUGCUCUCCGUGGAAUGCACGAGUAAGAGCGGCAACUCGAGCGCGCUCUCCUACUCCAUUGUCAAUGGCAACGCGCAGGACACGUUUCAUGUAAACGUCAGCGAUGGAGUGGCACAUGUGUACCUCAACCAGAAAAUUAGCUUCGAGUCAAGAACGACCCGCUUUCAUUUGACCUUCGAGAUCUCGGACGAGAGCGAGAACGAGCGUUCCUACACGUCCUACACCCUUGACAUCCAGGUGGUCGGCGUGAACGACUACGCGCCGCUCUUCCUCUUUUCGCCAUACAACGUCUACGUGAACGAGGACCGGCGGCCCGGCGCCGUCGUAGCCAAUCCCAUCCCGUACGACUUCGACAAGGGCGCCGACGGGGUGACCACCUCUACCAUUAUAGACGGUAACGACGCGAUGUUCUACAUGGAUCCCCGUACGGCCGCCGUUUACCUGCGCGACCGGCUGGACUACGAACGGAACUCGGAUUACGUCAUCACCAUACAGGUCAACGACGACGGCAUGCCAAAAAGGCGUUCCUCGACGGCGCAACUCAACGUCCACGUGAAAGACGUCAAUGAUAACCCGCCCGUCUGCGAGGACACGUUCCUCGCUCUCCAUUUUGACGAGAGAACUCCAGCGGGCUCAGUGAUAGCUAACAUCAAGUGUUCAGACGCGGAUUCCGGAAAUAAUGGUCGACUGUCUUACACAAUCACGCAAGGGGACUUGACAAAAUUCCGCCUGCAAGGUUCGAACCUGGUGCUGGACAAGGCAAUUGACGUGGACAGGGAGUCGCCCACGUGGCGCGUGUCAGUCCUUGUCCAGGACAGGGGCGAGCCCCGCCUCUCCACCCUCGUCGAUGUCUCCAUAUUCGUGGAGGACGUGGAUGACAACGCGCCGGUGUGGGCGCCGCCAGAGAAUGGGGAAUAUUCCGUAGAUCUGCAGGAGCAUGCGCCGGUUGGGCAUCACGUGAUCAAGGUGUCCACUAGUGACCUUGACACCAAUGUCAAGGAUUCGGUUAUCAUGUACUACAUUGAUGACUACAGUCGCUUUUUCAUGAUAAUGUCUACUACCGGAGACAUUUAUUUACGAGAGUCGAUCGACAAAGAACACGUGUCUAACUUUUUGCUGCCCAUUUCCGCCGUCUCCACCAAUCAAAAAGACCGGAUAGCCGCUAUUGUGAAUAUAAGCAUUGUGGAUCUCAACGACAACAAACCCACAUUCCUUAAGGACGUGUUUCACUUUUCUGUACCAGAGAACCUGGUACCGAACAGCCAGAUUGCUAACGUGACUGCUACUGAUAGCGACAGAGGACCCAACGGCGAGGUCGUUUACAGAAUGAUAGGUCAAAUGUCGCUGUGGCAGAUUGAUGACAAGACCGGUAUAAUAUCUCUCGCCGGUGGUCUCGACUAUGAAACUCAGAAGAUUAAUACUCUGGAAAUUGAAGCGUCCGACAGAGGACAUCCAACACGGUCGUCCACGUGUACAGUUAUCAUAACCGUAGUUCCAGUGAACGAGUUUGAACCAAUUUUCAAAGACAUUGGUCCUGUCACUAUACCCGAAGACGCCAUUAUAGGACAGUCUGUGUUCCAAGUUGAAGCAACGGAUAGAGAUGUUGGGCCAGACGGUGAAAUAGUAUACAGUCUUCAAAACUACGAUGAUCAUUUUGCUGUAGAAUCAAGAACAGGAAUUGUGAUAUUAAUCGCCUCAUUAGAUCGCGAGACACUUUCACAGCUGAAUGUCACAAUUGUAGCAAAGGACAUGUCUGGAACAGCGUCCAAAUCUACAUCAAUCUCUGUGAAUGUUGUUGUAUUGGACAGAAACGACAACCCACCUACGUGCCAUCCCAUGUAUUACGCCGCCAAGCUAUCGUCGCCCAUACACAGCGGUGACCUUGUGGUGACCUUGACCUGCACAGACGCGGACUCGCCGAUCAACGCAAAACUGUCGUAUUUGAUAAUCUCAGGGAAUACUUAUAAUGAUUUUACUUUGUCAUUGGAUGGAAGUGUUAUUGUAGCCAGGAAGCCUGCUUCCGCUGAUUAUCAUUUACAAAUAAACGUUAUCGACAGUGGAAAUCCCUCUUUGAGCGCUGAGGUUUUAGUAUUUGUCCAGAGCGGCGGAAACGUCUCGUUUGUAAAUAUUCCACAUACUGUUCGAAUUUUCGAAAAUGUAACCAUUGGGUCCCAAAUCUUCCAGCUACAGUCUUUAAGUGUAUCCCAGCAAAUUGUGUACCAAAUACAAAAUAUUUCUUCGAACGGGAAUCUGAUGGGAUCUGAAGCGCCUUACUUUAAAAUUGACAAAUUAUCGGGGAAAUUGUUUGUGUGGCGCCCACUCGACCGAGAAAUUCAAGACACAUUUUUAGUUUUUAUAAAAGCAAAAGAAAUUGUUAGCAGCCAUGAAGUUGAAGAUGUAUUAUAUAUCGACAUUCAGGACGUUAAUGAUAACACUCCGUUGUUUACACAGUCUUUUUAUGAAGUCUCAGUUACUGAAAACAUUGCUCGAAGCAGUCAUAUUCUUACUGUAAAGGCGAAUGAUUUGGAUAUAAAUGAGAACGGUCUGGUCUCUUACGCAAUUACGACAGGUAAUGACCAAAAUACAUUUACAAUUGAUAGCCAAGGAAGAAUAUUUACAAACAUUGCACUUGAUCGUGAAAACAAGGAUAUAUUUGCGCUUAUUGUCACUGCAACGGACGGUGGAUCAAUAAAACAUAACACAGGAACUACAACCGUCCUAAUAUCAAUAACAGACGCUGAUGGAUACCACCCAGAAUUACUUAAUAUGGGGUCAAAUCAAGUACUACACUUGAAAGAAGACACCCCUCUUGGUGCUAAAAUCUUCGCAAUGAAUGCAACGGAUAUGGAUGGAAACAAACAAUUACGAUAUAGUAUUUCGAAUAAAUCACAACAACACUUUCUUAUAGACAGCAUAUCGGGUGAUAUUUUCUUGAUUAGGCUUCUUGAUCGCGAACAACAACGCUCACAUGAUAUUGUGGUAUCAGCGUCCAGUCCCCAACGAACUGGCACAGUAACAGUCACAAUAUCAGUUCUGGAUGUAAACGAUAAUCAACCCACAUUUUCAUCGAAUCUGUACAAGUUUGAUAUCGAAGAAACAAGUGUAAUAGGCACUGUAGUUGGUGUGGUGACUGUGAACGAUGUUGACGAUGGGCAAAAUGGCGAUGUUAACCUUUAUAUCAACAAAGGGAAUUCCAAUAAUUAUUUUGAUUUAAGAAAACUAAAUUCAAACGCUACUGAAAUAUUUAUUAGAUCGAUGUUAUCCCCUUCAAGAAUGGAAACAGAAUAUUUUUUACAACUCGUAGCAACGGAUAAAAGUGAGAUCCCUAGAUCCGCGACAGCGUUUGUUCUAAUACUUGUUCGCCCUGAACACAAACAACCAAUGUUUCCUACAGAUCUUGAAAUAAUUCAUAUUCCAGAAAAUGUUCAUAUUGGUCGACCUGUCUACGAUGCAGACGCAACGCUUCUUGGUGCUCGCGAAGGUAUUGGUAGAGACAUUAUGUACUUUAUUAAACAUGCGGAUGUUUAUGUGCAAGAUAUGUUUUUCAUAGACAGAGAAUCUGGCGAACUCACUGUGACACGCAGAUUUGAAACUAGCAAAGAUGGAUUCACGUUUAUGGUGGAAAUUGAGGCUCAAAACAUAUACGAUCCUGAACUGACAUCUGAAAUGACUCUUCAGUUCGAAAUUGAUGACGUAAAUGACAAUAGCCCAAUAUUUUCUAAUUCAAUAUACACUUAUAUCAUACCAGAAGACACACCUGCGGGAAAAAUCUUUGCAACACUAUCAGCCUCAGAUAUUGAUAAAGACCAAAAUUCAUAUUUGGAAUAUCGCCUGGUCGAAAGUGAAGACUCAAAUGAUUUUUCCAUUGACACGUUCACAGGUGUUUUGAGUUUAAAAAACAACGUCAAUUAUGAAAUAAGUAAAAGCUACCAUUUUGAUGCAAUCGUGUAUGAUCAUGGAUCUCCUUCAUUGACUGCAACCACUAGUAUUGUAGUUGAAAUUCUGGAUGUCAACGACAAUAGUCCGGUGUUUUCCAUAAAUGAUCAUAUCAUCUAUGUGCGAGAGAAUAAUAAUAUCGACAAGGUUAUCCAUCAUAUCAAAGCUACCGAUGAGGAUUCUGGUAAAAACGGGGAAGUAUCUUUAAAAAUAAUUAAUGGAGAUCAAAACGGUACUUUUCUUUUAGAAAGCAGAACUGGGGAAUUACGACUAGUGCAUAAACUUGAUCGAGAAACUAGGAGUGAAUACAAAAUUGUUAUUGAAGCACGUGACCAAGGAACUCCUUCACAAUCAAGUAACACCACACUGAAUAUUAUUGUUAAAGAUUUAAACGACAAUGCUCCUAUGUUUUCACAAAGUCAUUAUAUGACUAGCGUUGAUAGAAAUGUGUCGACAGAAACUCGGUUAUUGACGCUCUCUGCAAAUGACGCGGACGAGGGAAUGAAUGCGAAGUAUGAUUUUCAUAUUAUAAAUGGUUCGCAAGAAAUAUUUCAGAUUGAUCCAAACUUAGGACACGUUUAUGUUUUGUCUGAUUUGCAAGGCUUUGAAAAUUCGGCGACAUUAACUGUUCUUGUAAGAGAUCGUGGAUACCCACGAUUGAGCAGCACUGCAGUGAUAUUUAUCAAUAUAAGACCGCAAAGGUCUGCUACAAAAGAGGAUUUUACUUUUUCCAUCUCCGAAUUUGCGGUACCAAACACAUUAAUUGGAAACAUUGCCUCAAGUUCUACUUCAAAAUAUGUCAUUGUUAGCGGUAAUUUCAAAAAUAAGUUGAGGAUAAACGAAAUAGAUGGAAGUAUCUUUGUUAACGAAAAAUUAGAUCGUGAAGAGUAUCCACAUUAUUUCCUACAGGUUCGAGCAACUUUAAGUUCCGACCCUUCGCUACAAAAAGAUGUUAAUGUAAAAGUUAUAAUAGAAGAUGAGAAUGACAAUUCUCCUGUUUUUGAAAAGGAAAUGUUUAAUAUUUCUGUUCUUGAGCACAGUCCUGUUGGACUCACAGUGGCUACCAUAAUUGCUAAAGACGUGGAUGUAGGUUUUAACGCUAACCUAACGUAUGAGAUAGUAAAUAAUUCGAAAGAUGCUCAAUAUUUCUGGCAAAUAACAAAUAACGGUUCUUUGGUUGUCACUCAAACCAUAAUUCAUGAAAGAGUGGAUAGUUUUUCGUUAACCGUAGUUGCUAUGGACGGCGGUGAACGUCCAAGAUCGGGCGUAACGCAGGUUUUAAUUAACGUAACGGAUAUCAUUGACGAUACGUCGGAUCACUCCGCCACACAACAACCAGCUGUUAUAAACUUCGAGAUGCCGAUAUAUGCGUAUUCGGGAUAUGAGGUUGGUUGUUUGACGCCGGAUAUGUUUUACUUGAGCAAAACUGACACGAGUAUCAAAUUCACCAUGCAAAAGAGUGAAGGUCGAUUUGAUAUAAACGAAAAUUCUGGUUGCAUCACGUUAAAAGCUUUCUUAGAGAUAAAAAGAGAUACGAAUUUCCUGUAUUGGGUUGCCGCAAAAACGGAUGCAUCCGAAAUAUCGAAUGGCAGAAUGGCCCUGCUUCGGAUUGACAUACUUGUUCCACACAAGCACGUGGUCGUGCUAACACAUAGUGUGCCAUUGGAUGUCUUGGAAAUUAAUCGAAAGAAUCUCAUCGCAAGCCUUCGGCGGAUUUUCCCGCGAUACGAGCCCAAGAUUUGGAAGUUGGAAGCCAUAAGCAGUCCCCACAGGCGAAAACUUCUUGUCGUCGGAGGGUCAAAAGCGUACGUCUUUGUGGUAAGAGGAAACCGCACAAACUCCGUCGGUGAAAUUGAAAAUACGAAGCAGUAUAUUUUGCAAGACGAAUUGCUCGACAGAAUGACAACGCCGGAUGGCAAUGUAUCUCCUGAUCUCACUUCUGAAGACUUUGAUGCGUAUCCGGUCUUGAGUGUAAAACCGUACGCUGAACCGGAAAGGAUUGGAAAUCUGUGGAUCAACACAGAUAUGGGCAAAGCGGUGCUUGGUGUAGUGCUGGGAUUUGUGGUGUUCGGGAUAUUGCUGGCGGUCGUGUUGCACGAUAUCAAGACCAACACAAAUAGGAAAUUAGGACCCAAGAAAGCAUCUCAGACGUCGUUGGAACUGAACCUACCUCCAAUAUAUUACACGAAUGGACCAAAAUACAACAACUUACGAAGAUCUUCAUCGUCAGCUGACAUGUUGCCCCUUAUGAACGCUUUGAAAGUUUUGACUAACAUGAGUGAAAAGGACAGAAACAAGCUGAUUGAACACACGAUGAAAGUUAAAAAAGCAGAGGAAGAAUGCUUAUAUUCACGCUGGAAGAACAACCUAAAUAAAACUAAAACAAGUCCAUCGAUAAAUAUCGCAAACCUGAAUGAGACCAGACCGCAGACUGGAUCUGCAAAAACUAAUAGGGAACAAUUUGAAACCAAGCAGAGCUGCAUACCAAUCAAUCAGAUAAGGAACAAAACGUGUAAAGCCAAGGUUAACAUACGGACGCAUACCCAAGCGCCUGUCAACACGCCAGCACAAGACAACGAAUGUUUGUCCAGCGUUGAACUUGAAACAAUAGAAACAGGCUAUAAAUCAGUUCUUGAAUCAAAGGUGUCACCCAAAGUUAUUGUGCACAACAACAACAUACAUCACCACCGUCCCAAAGCUGGCAAUAGACGUUUAAUUGUUGGUGGCACAGAGUAUGAUGGGGUUAGCAAGUUUACACUAAGUGGCGAAAAAUACUUGUAUAACACAAGAACGGGCGACAAAAUCAACGUGAGUGAUGACGUUCUGACAAAAGCUGUGCAACACAGAGAAAAUGUAGCUAAUGGUGAAUUUGAAAAAGAUAAAAACGGCGUCGGAGUUAACAACUGCAAACCACAGCCCCUGGCAUCCGAGAAAUCACAUUCACGAAAUGGAGUAGCUCUUUACUGUGUUUAAGUUGUUCAUAUACGUCAAACCAGCCUAAACAAUAAAACGUUUGCUUUUGAGAGAUCACCAAAAUAAAGAAAAACUUGGAACACGCGAAAAAUAAUGCGAACAAGUCUAAAGUUGAUAUGAAGCGUUAACUAUCACGUAUGAAAAUAUGUGUGAAUAUAAUUCUGUGCAAAUAAUGUAUUCAAUAUAACAAUAUGGAGAAAUCAUUGCUUGUGAAGCAGAACCAUUGGUGUACCGUAUAGAAAUGUAGUUUCCCAACUAAACACGCAUAAAUCGUGCAUCAAAAUCGUUGUAACCGGCUAGUCAGACUCCGCAUUCGUAACCAUAUUGUAUUACAUGUAUAUACAAUAAAUACAGCAAUAUGUACUAGAAAUGGAAACGCUUAUAUACAGUAUGUAUUAUGACAUAUAUUGUUUGUAAUGAAGCAGCACAUCAUUUACUGGAGUUAUUAAUUGCACAGUUAGUAAGUAAAGAUUGCUCUCGCUCGACCACCACCCCCACACACCGACUGCUUGGUGUUCCCACAGGUGUUGGGCGCGUGGCAAAUUCACUGAAACACUAUCAAUAUGUCAUAAAAAAACAUGUUUCAUCACUUUGACAAACAAAAUAAUUCUGAUAUAAUAUAUAUGAACAUAUAUUACAUCAGAAUUUUUUUGUCAAAGUGAUGCCACGCGCCCAACACCUUCCCAGGACGGUGAUCCCUGUUUAAUCAUUUUACGUUUUGUGUUGUAUGUCUUGUCCUGUAUUGUAUACCUUAUAUGUCACUUGCCUUAGAUAAAAACAACUAGGCGAUGAGAACAAUAAUGUAUCUCCUGGUUAAGUUUCCAGAAGUUCAGUAUUUCUAUUAUUGCAAUAUUUUAAUAAUCUUUUAUACAGCCUAGUUAUAUUUAAAUCUUACAUGUUGCGUUAUACUUCAUGUUUUAUGUUAAGGUGACCUUUUCACAGAUUUUAGCAGAUAUUGAAGCUUGUCAUUAAAUGCUUUAUAUUGAUAAGUGUACACAUGGGAUCUAAAAAGAUACAGUAAAAAUCAAGAAUAAAUUUUAAGAUAAAAAGUAACCCUGAACUAGACUCGAAUCACUGACCCCUGGAGUAAAAUUCUAUCGUUUACACCACUCGGCCAUCCUUGCUCAUGCAAUUAGUAAUGUAUGUUAUAAGCAAUCUUCGUAGUGUCACAAAAGAUAACGACAACAACAGAACUCUCCAAAUUAUUCAUUUGUUUCGCGUUGCAACGCUUUAUAAUUUUCAGUUUUUUAAAUCGUCUAAAGAUGCAUAUAAUCGAUAUUUUAGAGCAUG